AGCUUUCAUGUUCUAAAAUUAUCCCAGACUUCGCCUAUAAGAGCCUCUUGUUUGAACUUUCUUCUGCAAUACUCGAAGAGUUAAAGAAUCCUAUAUUAUCCAUAUUUUGCCUAUUAUUGAGGCCACGUUGAUGAUUGAAUAUUUGACCGGAUAAUUAUUAAGUGGGUUUCUGUGUGAAGAAAACAAAUUUCCAGCCGGCUGUUGAGUCAAGAACUUGUCACUUAGCUAAAUAAACAAAUAACCCCAAAAAGUUUAUUCCACUAUAAUUAACUUUAUCUUGAAAUUGGAAUAUGGGUCUGCAUAGAAACACUGGAUUUUGAAUAAUCACGGUUCUAUCACUCUAUUGAAGCUCUGGUAAAACAUCAAAGCUUGAUGAUCAACAAAAAGAAGCAGAUGAUUAGGAAACGUGAUGAUACCCCUUUGCAUUCAGCAGCAAGAGAAGGGGAUUUACAAUUUGUAUUGGAAAAGUUGAUUGAUUGUUCAUCUGAUGAGCUAAGGAAGUUUUUGUCCAUGAAGAAUCAAUCAGGUGAAACUGUUCUUUAUGUUGCUUCAGAAUGUGGAUAUUUUGGUCUAGUCAAAGAGUUGAUUAAGUAUUAUGAUGCUGAAAUGGCUUCUCUUAAAGCUACAAAUGGUUAUGAUCCAUUUCAUAUUGCUGCAAAACAAGGCCAUUUAGGUAUAUUGAAAGUCUUAACAGAGGCUUUUCCUGAACUUUCAUUAACAUGUGAUCAAUCAAACAGAACAUCAUUACACACAGCAGCAUCACAAGGCCAUACUGAAAUUGUAAAUUUCCUUUUGGAGAGAAAUAGUGGCUUGGCUACUAUAGCUAGAAGCAAUGGGAAAACCGCUUUACAUUCUUCUGCUAGAAAUGGACAUUUGAACGUUGCUAUAGCCCUUUUAAGUAAAGAACCAGGAAUCGGAACAAGAAUUGACAAGAAAGGCCAAACUGCUCUCCAUAUGGCGGUGAAAGGUACAAGUAUUGAAUUGGUAAACCAACUUAUUAACUCAGAUCCAGUUUUACUUCAAAUGGUUGACGGAAAAGGCAACGGUCCUCUGCAUAUAGCAGCGAGAAAGGGUCGUGUUCAGAUCGUAAAAACGUUACUUAAUCACGAAUCAAUCGAUACAAACGUAAUAAACAAAUCAGGAGAAACAGCUCUUGACACCGCAGAGAAAGUCGGGAAUUCGGAGAUUACAAAUAUUCUCAAAGAGCACGGCGUCCCAAAUGCAGAAUCUAUUAAACCACGGGAGACGAUUACAGUUAGAGUCCGAGAGCUGAAACAAACGGUGAGCGAUAUAAAACACGAGGUUCACAACCAGCUCGAACACACCCGACAAACGAGAAGGCGAGUUCGCGGUAUAGCCAAGAGGCUAAACAAAAUGCACGAGGAAGGACUCAAUAACGCCGUCAACUCGACGACGGUUGUCGCGGUUCUGAUCGCAACCGUAACUUUCGCAGCGAUUUUCUCCGUCCCCGGUCAAUACGAAGACAAUCCUAAAUCCGUUCCCAUCGGUUUAUCCCUCGGAGAAGCCCGGAUUGGUUCGAAAGUCCCGUUCGCAGUUUUCUUCUUGUUUGAUUCGUUCGCAUUGUUCAUAUCAUUGGCGGUAGUCGUGAUUCAGACGUCUGUCGUGGCUGUGGAGAGGAACGCGAAAAAGGAAAUGAUGUUUUUCAUUAACAAACUAAUGUGGUUGGCUUGCGCGUUUUUGUCGGUGGCUUAUCUAGCGUUGUGUUAUAUUGUUGUCGGAGAUGGUCAGAGGUUGUUUGCGGUUGGAGCGACAUUUGUUGGUGCGGUUAUAAUGAUGGUUACGUUUGGGACGUUGUGUUAUUGGGUAAUCAUGCAUCGGAUAGAAGGUUACAACUUGAGGAGCGUUCGAAAGUCGACAAGGGGCAGUAAGUCGCAAUCGCGCUCAUUGUCUGAUUUGGAUGUUCAUAACAAUGAGUAUACAAAUGUCUAUGCGAUUUGAGAUUAAACAUUCAAUUAAUCUCGGGAAGACUUGUCUAACUAAGUGAUAUAGAGCACGAGACUAAUGUUGGUAAUGAAGUGAAUUCAGGUUCAAGCUUUGGUUACUAUUUUCAAAAUAAUCAGUUAAUCUCGGGGAGAAUGUAAAUAAAUGUUAAAAAAUCAUCGAUUAACUCUUUACACUAAUGAAAAAAAAAACUGUUUUUCUUAAUUGCCUUAGAA